GGCAACAAUAUUUAAAUGGCAAACAUUAAACAUGAUAUUCUGCUCACACUCUCUUUUUACUUUUGUUUAGUGGGAGACUUUGAUAAGAUUUGGCGUGAACACUGUGAAGAUGAGGAAACUCUUUGUGAAUAUGCUGUGGCAAUGAAAAACCUUGCAGAUAAUCACUGGACAAAAUCUUGUGAAGGAGAAGGUCGAAUUGAAUGGUGUUGCAGUGUAUGCCGAGAAUAUUUUCAAAAUGGUGGAAAGAAAAAAGCACUUGAAAAAGAUGAGAAAAGAGCAGUUCUCGCAUCUAGGACCACUUCAGCCUUAAAUGUUCAUCAGAUUCCCAAAAUUGAAGAACCGUUACCUGAUUUCAGCUUGACAAAUCAUGAAACCAUAUCAGAGCAGUUGCUGUCCCCCUCAGGAAAGAUUAGGUUACUUGAUGUUGGCAGUUGCUUUAAUCCAUUUCUGAAGUUUGAAGAAUUCUUGACUGUCGGCAUAGACAUCGUCCCGGCUGUUGAGAGUGUAUACAAAUGUGACUUUUUAAACCUUCAAAUUCAUCAACCUCUUCAGCUUGCACAAGAUGCUAUAGAUGCCUUUCUUAAACAGCUGAAAAAUCCUAUUGAUUCUCUACCCGGAGAACUCUUCCAUGUUGUAGUUUUCUCACUUCUCCUUUCUUACUUUCCAUCACCUUAUCAACGAUGGAUAUGCUGCAAGAAGGCCCAUGAACUUCUGGUGCUGAAUGGCUUGUUGCUUAUAAUCACUCCUGAUUCCUCCCACCAGAAUCGCCAUGCUAUGAUGAUGAAAAGCUGGAAGAUUGCCAUAGAAUCCCUGGGCUUUAAACGUUUCAAGUAUUCAAAGUUUUCUCACAUGCACCUGAUGGCAUUUAGGAAAAUCUCCCUGAAAACUAAAAGUGACUUGGUUAGCAGGAACUAUCCAGGGAUGUUGUAUAUUCCACAGGAUUUCAACAGUGUAGAAGAUGAGGAAUAUUCUAACACUUCCUGCUAUGUUCGAUCAGAUAUUGAAGAUGAACAGCUAGCUUAUACCUUCAUGGAGCUUCCUGAUGCCCCUUAUGACUCAGACUCUGGUGAAAGCCAAGCUAGCUCAGUCCCUUUUUAUGAGCUAGAAGAUCCUAUAUUACUUCUAAGUUAAUGUAACAGUUGAAAUUCCCUUUAAGUCCAAACUUCUUUAUUGCUUAACCAAUUUUGCUAUACUAACAUGGGCUUGUUACAUAAAAAUGGUUUGCAAAGAAAAAUGCAAAGGUUUACAGAGUGCUAUUUUUUUCUACUUUUGAAUUUUAAAAUUUAUUCUUGUACAAAAAGUGAAGAAUACAUGUUUUUUGCAAAAAACGACUCAUGUCCUAGUAUAAAUUGCUGUUACUUUCUUUAGGAUUUUCAGAAAGGUACCGGGUUUUUUUCUUCAGUGCUGUGAAAUAUGUGAAUUCUACUUAAUUUACUAAAUGUCUUGUUUCAAUAUUUUUAGCUCUUAAUAUGGUUGAGCUUAUGACACUGGAGUUGGUGGAUUUCUGAGAAGUAAAUUUCACUUGGAUAGUAAAUACGCAAAUAAGUUUGGAGUAAGCUGUAUGGUGGUUAUAACUUGUCCAUAUUUUUCACUGAAAAAACUUUCUGUACUAGAGAAAGUUGUUUCAUUCUGGGUAAGUUUGGGCUGAAGAAACCUUAAUACUUGCACAUUGGUUUUACUUUAAGAUUUGUUGCUCUUUCUAUUUCAGUUAAUUGAGGUAAUGCCAAAAUAUUGAAGCAUAUUCUCUCAUCUCUGUACACAUGUAAAACCUCACUGGUAUAAUACAGGUUGAACUUCCCUUGUCCAGCACCCUUGGGACCUGAGUGAUCCCGAAUAAGGGAAUUUGCUGGACCCGGGGAGGUCAGGCAUCUGGGCUCUUGUCCUGGCAGCUGCCCUCGGAGGUCCUGGAGACCUGACCUCCUCCAGCUCACUUGCCUGGGUCUGCUGCCCGCAGCCCACUCAUGGGGCUCUGCUCCCUGACCCCAGCCCCACAUGAGGUGGAAACUGCUCCCAGGGCUCUCUACCCCAUAUCACUGCCCCUGCAGGCUCCCACCGACCAAACCAGCUCUGUUACCAGCUGUUCUCAACCUCUGCGGCUGGGGUUCUCUGGUCUAGCAACAUCUAUGGUCCUGUUGGACCACAGAUGUUACCAGACCCCAGAGAAUCCCGGGCAAGAGAGGUUGAACCUGUAGGAGUAGGUGUAUGUUGAUGAGAGACUAGCUCUGGCAUGGGAUAUAGUACAAUAGGUUUAAAUACCUUUUUGUUUUUUUAAUUCAAAGCUGGAAAGUGUUUGCAAUUUCAUUAUUAAAGUAGCAUUAACAUAUCAGUAUUGCCCACAUUGGAUAGUUUUCUGUAUUCUUCUAAAGUUCUAUUUUGCAUACAAGUUUUAGAGCAAAAUUCUUAUGGGUAGGAAAAAUACUAAGAUUAAGUAUUCUUUUAUAGCUAUAGAUCUUAAUUGCAGCAUUUCCACACUCUAGCAGGCCAAUUUUGUAAAUACUAGGACUCAAUUCUACACAUUUUAAAGGAUGUGCAUAUACUUAUGAGUGGUCAGUGGGGUUACUCACUUAAGUGAAGUUAAGAGAAUACUUAAGUAUUUGCAAGAUUUGGGCCCCAUUCCAAAUAAGGCAUUUGACUGGACACUUCCUGUGACUUUCUAUAAAAUUUUGCAGUUUGGCACUGAGACAAAAUCCAUUCUGUACACAUUCAGAACUAUUUCAUUUAAAUAUAUAUAGUAAACUUCUGCAAACAAAUGUCUAUACUGGUGUAGAAACAAUGGUCAUUUUUUAAAUACUUUUGCUUGCUAUUUAAAAAUAAUUGCCAAACCUGGGUAUCUGAAGUUAGGUAGCUGCAUGUGCAUUUGAAACUAACUACCGAACUAGAAGUAGCUUGAAUUAAGUUCCAAAAUGUGGGCUUUAAGACCCUAACUUUAGAAUAGAUGUAAACAUUUUUUUAACUAGUGUUAUAAAGGUAGCUUCACAAACAAUAAAAUUGAUCUUUAGGCCCUAUGAAACUAAUAUAUUCAUCCUUCAGAAAUUACCAAUUGCCAUUUCUAGUGUGAAUUUUAGGUGGUUAUUAGGUUUAGUUUUGUUUUUAAAACAAUUCCAUUGAAGUUUUGCACUGAAGUUUAACAAAUUCAGAUGUCUUGAUUUGCUUUUAUUUUUUAUUCUAUACUUUCUUGGCAGUUGGCCCCACUUACACCAUAAUUUUCACAAACUGAAUUUAAUUGCUUUAUUCUUCAACAUAAGCUUUUUGUAAAUCUUGCACAUCAGAUAAGAUUAUAGAGAAUUUUUUAAAACUUGAUUGCUAUAGUUAACUGAGUGACGAUUUAUUUACAAACAAAACAAGAAUUAUAUUUAAAAAUGUAAACACUUUUAAGACUAGACAGAAGCAUUGAAUUAAAACUUAUGAUAAAUUAAGAGAAUAGUAAAAAUUUAACAAAGCCGCUGAUACAUCUACUGUGUAUUUUAAUUAAGUUAAAUACAGCUUGAUGUGGUUAUGUUAAAGCUAAAUAUUGGUGCUAUAAAUUCUCAAUUGUUUACAGAAAUUAUUGAUACUGAUUCUGCUUAUGCUCCAUAGUGUGCAUGAGCUAUUUUAAUUGGUACUCCUUUUAAGAAAAAAAUACAGAAUUUAUUACCACCUAGCAUAAAUAUGUGUACUGAUCUAAUGUAAGCUAACACUCCAUUUACCAGUUAUUCAGAUGGAUACUGCUUGGAAUUCAGACCAAGAGAUAAAUAAUUCAGACCAGAAAUAAUUUUAAAAAUUGAGUGUUUGAGUUCAGCCUAUCUGACAACUUGGUGACAUUCUAGUUGUGAAUCAAGGACUCUAGAUUAUUAUAGAAGCUGUGGUUCUUUUUGCUGCCCAAACUAAAUACCCUAAAUGCUUUCCAGAAAUGGAGGGCAUGGUUUGGCAUGAGGAAAAGGAGUUUUCUGCUAUUCUGGCCUGUCAAAACAGGAGAGAGAUGUCAUGCUUUUAGAAAUACAGUUUUGGAGGUUCAAGAAGAAUGUCUCUAGGUUUUGAAACUCCUCAAAAUUGAGAUGUGAAAAAAGAUCCCCAUACUCCAGAUGUCAGGGAGAGGGAAGCAGGCAGACCACAAAAUAUUUGUUGGCAUUUAUGUUGUGUUUAUUUCACUACUUUUGUGAACAAAGCACAUGUAUUAAAAAAAAUAAAUAAAACCCUUUUGUCAGUG